AUGGUUAAAGAAACUGCCACAAGACUUUCUCCUGAGUGCUGUGAACGUCUUGUUGAAAGCGGAGCAACACACACCAUCUUCACUCUGAUAAGGAGCUGCAACAGAAGUGUGCCUUCAAUGGAGAUCAUCAUAUUAUCCAUCCAAGUUCUUCUCAACUUAUCAAAGUACAACAGAACCAUUGAUGCAGUUUAUGAUGUAGACAACUCUGUAGAAACCCUCCUGGAUCUUCUGCAGAUCUACCGGGAGAAGGCUGGAGAUAAGGUUGCAGAAAAAGGUGGCAGCAUCUUUACCAAGGCUUGUUUUCUCUUGGUCCUCUUAGUCCAGGAUGAAAGGAGAGCAAUGGAGGUUCGAAAACUUCCAAAGAUUUUGGAUCGCAUUCGCAGCACCUACCGACUUACGCUUCGAAAGUGCAGGAUGGAUGCUGAGAGAAACAAAGUCAAGCAGAAAAUGAACACCUCUCUCAAUGGAAGCUUCCUCCUCCAAGCCACCCCUCGAAAAUCAAAACCUGUGACCAGGUUUGCUCCCGACUGGGUUCUACGGCGUGACAAAUUAAAGGACAUUGUGGAUCCUCUUUGUGCCAUUCAGAUGCUGGCUAACGCUCUGGCUAUUGUGCCUUGAAAAUAUUGCAGCAAGGAAAAGUCUAUAAACCUGUGCACUGCCAAAGUGUUUCAUUGUUGCUCAGAAUUGUGCACCCUUGUAAAUAUUGUGUAUUUUUGUAUUGUGAAUAUUUUGAAUACUUUGUUUUAUCAAAAUGUUGUGGUCUUUAUUGGAGCAUAUUGGGGUCUGUGCUAAAAGAUGGCAUGUUAGCUCUAAGAUUCUGUAAAUACAAGUGCAGUUUGGAUGAUUUAUUUUAAAGCGCUGGAACCGAAUAUUAAAAAGAACCACAGCUUAUGUUCUGGUGCCGUUCUUGACUGAAAUAACAGAAUUAAAACAAAAUUUUUAAUGAGCCAUUGUGUAUUUUUUUUUA